UCGGUGACCGUUUUGAGUUUGGGCGGGCUUGGGGCCGGUAGGCUUCUUUCGAUUUUUCCUGCUCUGGCCAUGGCAGUGUUUCGGGAUAUGGAGGAGGUGAGCCAGGGACUGCUUGGUCUGCUCAACCCCAACCGAGCAGGGGCGCGGGUGCGGCGGCUCCUGGGGCGGCAGGAGCGGAUGAUCGAGAGACUGCUGAGCACGAAGAAGAGCACUCAUCGGCUCCUCUCAGAGAUCCUUGCUAUGGAGGAAGAUGUGGCCCAGAAACUAAUUGAUGAGGAGGAAACAGCACAACACGUUGAAUCCAAGUUACAGAAAAUUGAAUCUGAGCUUCAGAAAACCAGCGAGAAGGAUGCCAGUCUAAAGGCUGAUCUCCAUCUGUUGAUGAAAGAGCUAGAAGAACUCAAGGAAAUGGAGCAAGACCUCACAAAGACAGAAGGAGAAGUGGAUGAAGAUUCGACUGUUGUGAUCCCUUCGGCUGUAUAUGUGUCUCAACUUUAUCAUCGAGUCAGUAAAAUUGAGUGGGAUUAUGAAUGUGAACCAACUGUGAUCAAAGGCAUUCAUCAUGGCCCCAACAUUGCCCAGCCUAUCCAUUUCGACAGCACCCAGCACUCUAAGAAGUUUAUCAGUGACUAUCUGUGGAGCUUGGUGGACACACAGUGGUGACCAGUCCGUUGGCCUCAUUGGUGUAUGUUUUGGGGGGGGGAUGUGAAGUGGAGGGGAGCUGUGUUAGAAUGGGCAGUCUUAGGGAACCUCGUUCAUAUGGGUGCUAUACCAUUUGGUGUAUAUGUGUUUAAUAUUGAUAUUACUUCAUUAUCUGUGGUACUUUUUAGCAAAAUGUAAU